UCAUGUUGCUUUCUUGCGUUGCUGCGCAGAGACGUACAAUGUCGACGUAGGGGUCGUUUGGUGUGCGCCGGCAACAUAGAGACUGACGACGAGGAAUCCGAAUUGAUCUCUAGGUAUAUGCAGAUCCAUUGUGCAUGUCACAUUGUACGCAGACAUUGCUGAGGCGACCAUAGGGAACAAAGAGGCGCUUUGUUUCAUAGUGUGAGCCUGGCCGUGCUUUGAAUACUGUGAGAGGCAGAACAGCAUCGGACGAGCGGACAUGCGGACAUAUUGCUGCAACUUGUUUCCAGAGACAGCGCCCAGGGUGUGCUGGUGUGCUUGCAGCAAAAACGAAACCGAGGCCGAGACACUAAGAUCGGAUUCAGUCCUGCCAAGGAAAGGGAAAGAGAUAUUUAUGGGUUGUGCAGGAUAUGUGAGCUGGAGGGUGCCUCCUGAGAGGAAUAUCUCUAGACUCUCCCGAACGCUGGGUGCAUCAUUGGAGUUCGACAGUACUCUCAUUCGUCCGCAGGCGAUGCCUGAUUGGCCCAUGGGAAGACUCAUGUUUUGGCCGGGCGUAGUGUGCGAAGCGAGGACUCUGUUAAAGGGGAACCGUGGCAGAACGCGCAAGCUUGCCCCCCAACGUGAUCGAAAUAAUCCUCGACUGGCCGCAGGAAUUGGCAAUUGGCUGUGCCACAAUCAAGCGUUAACCUGGUUUUCCUUCCUCUUUCAUACACCUUUGACAGAAAACAAAAACGAACUGGAUUCCUGCACUCCCACAACCUGCUGGUGGGUGUUCUGGAGGGCCCAUUCCAUUGCUAUCGUCCGUUCGAGGGCAUGUCCAAUUGGAUGCCCAGUCGGCCCCUUGAGCUUACGUUACAAUUGCCAAGGCUAUCUCUUUCAAUAACUGUGAAAGGGCGCUGCAGGUUGGUGUUUCUGCAAUCAAGCCGACAUGAUCCCUCGAUAUGGCCUUUGGGAUGGCCGGUCUCUAUGGGAAGCACCCAUACGAAGGGUUAAGGCAAGCCGUGAG